AUGGCGAGUUCAGUCAAGACAGUUGAGCAAAAUGGAUUAGAGCAUGAAUUGGAUGGUAGAGGACUGUUUGCGAGAAGAAAAAGGUUUGAUGAGUGGGGAUCAGUUGAAGGAAUUGAAAGAGCACAACAUAUAUACGAUGAGAUCACCACUUCUGUCAUUACAACUAGGUCAAGCCACAGAAACAGCUUCUUGUGGUGGGCAGAAGCAGUACCGUUACCUGCUUUGGUUAGAGUUGUGGUAAACAGGACAAGCAUACUAGCCAGAACUCAGUCAAGCAAAUUGAGAAUGGGGGCCAACCCUAAUUCUGAAAGGGUCCCACCAGAACCAAAUUGUCAAGAUAAAACGUGGAAUGGUGGGCCAAAACAAGAAUGCAUGCGAGCUGAUCUUCCUCCGAAGCUGUGA